CUUGAAAUGACUCUUCCUUCCACUUUCCUCCUCGCAUACUUGCAAACAUACGCCGCUGCAAAGUGAAUCUACCUUCUUCCACCACAUUAUAGUCAAGUAAACCGGUUCCGGACUAUCAGCUAUUGGACAGACAUGUCUUACAAUCCGUACCAUCAGCCACCGCACAGCCAAGGCCCACCAGGCCAGUGGGACUACAAUCAAGCACAAGGGCAUCCAGCACCUUACCCCGGACCGCACGGUGCAUAUGGCUAUCAACCUUCGGCGCCUGGCUGGUUGCCACCACCAGGAGGAGCUCAACAGCACGGAUACCCCGGCAACAACAGUUAUCACCACCCACCUCCACCUCCACAACAGCAAGGAUACGGCCCCCCUCCCGCCUUCCCAUCGCUCGGCUAUGCGCCCGGCCAGAUGGCCCCCGGGGAUUUUCGACGUGAAGCCGACGUCCUGCGCAAGGCGAUGAAAGGCUUCGGGACCGACGAGAAGAGCCUGAUCGCCGUGCUGGCCAGGCUGGAUCCGCUGCAGGUUGCCGCCGUCCGCGCCACGUACCAAUCGCACAUCCGCCGGGACCUCUACGCCGACGUCAAGUCCGAGACGAGCGGCUAUUUCCGCCAGGGGCUGCUCGCCAUCAUCGACGGGCCCCUAGCCCACGACACGGCGCUCGCCCGCGAAGCCGUGCAGGGGAUCGGCACCAAGGAAUGGCUGCUGAACGAGGUCCUCCUCGGCCGAUCGAACGCUGAUCUCCGCGCCAUCCAGGCCGCCUAUGAGCGCACCUACCGCGGGCGCUCGCUCCAGCAAGACGUCGCCGACGACCUCUCCUUCAAAACCAAGACCCUCUUCACCGCCGUGCUGCGCGCCGCGCGCCACGAGGAAAGCAUGCCCGUCGACUACCGCCUCAUCGAGAGCGAGGCCCAGAACCUCCACGGCGCCACGGCCGCCCGCAUCGUCAACAACGCGGACGAGGUCACCGCCCUCUUCGCGCGCAGCUCCGACAACGAACUCCGCGCGCUCAACCAGGCGUUCGCCGCCCGGUACCAUCUCUCGCUGGAAUCGCACAUCGAGAAGGAGUUCUCCGGCCACAUGAAGGACGCGCUGCUGUAUAUGCUUCGGACGGCUUUGGAUCCGGCGAUGCGCGAUGCGGUCUUGCUGGAAGAAUCCAUGAAGGGUAUGGGGACAAAGGACAACCAAUUGGUGAUCCGCGUGGUGCGCCUCCACUGGAAUCGGCAACACAUGGAAACCAUCAAGCGCGCCUACCACCACCGCUAUCGGACCGGUCUAAUCCAGCGGGUGAAGGGGGAGACAAGCGGGGAUUAUCAGAGAUUGCUGGUGGCUAUGUUGGAGUAGCGACUGCGGUUGACAUAUCUUUGGGACGUUCCGUUUUGACUCGCGUUGUUAAGUUGCAUGGUUUCAUGCGUUACAGUGGCGUUCUAUUGGCGGGUUUAUGGUGUUAUUAUACCCUCUGUUACUCGGUGGAUUAGUAGGAGGUGAUGGCUUGCGGUUUCUGUUUUCCCUUUAGCUUUGUCGCCUACCGCGAUUUUUCUAAAUUGACCAAAAUCAUCAUUACUAUUAACUAAUCAAGGUAGCAAGGAGAAGAGAUCAAUGAAUGUGAG